ACGCAGGCCGCGGUCCUCCAGAUCACGGAGGCGAGGCGCCAGGAGGAGCAGGCCAACAACGACAGGAGGGCGACCCUGGAGUUGGCCCUCCGCGUCGCGAACCGCGGCGGGAACGAGAUCAUCGACGCGAAGGGGGUAGGACAGCCAGGAAAGUUUUCCGGGAAGGAGGAGAGCGAGUUCCAGGAGUGGGCGCACAAGGUCGUGUGCUUCAUGUCGGCGAAGUUCGGCCCGGACUUCACUGCUGCCCUGAAGUGGGCGUCGUCCCAGCGGAAGAAGAUCACGAAUGACGGGGGCGGGGACAGCGUGAACUUCAUGGACGCCUUCGGCGAGGACAUCGUGGACUUGGAGGCGAAGGCGGCCAACCUGUACACGUACCUCCGUCACCAAGGGCUAGAAGCCUGGCGCCGUCUCCACGCCGAGUACGACCCCGCGUCGGCGAUGCGCCGGGUCGUGAUUCUCGGCAAGGUGCAGAACCCAGACAAAGUGGAGAGCAUCGACAAGCUCGGGCAGGCUCUCGAGGACUGGCUGAUGAGGAAGCGCCAGUACGAAGAGUUCACGGACCGAGACGGGCAGCCGUGCAAGGUCAGCGAGGACUCCCUGAUUGCCGCCAUGUACAGGUUGGCGCCGGCGGACCUGGAGACGCAGUUGAUGUUCAACGCGGCGGAGGACGAGACCUUCGCGGACAUCUUCAACAGGCUGAGCAGCUACGCCUCGACCAAGCACUCCCUGAAGUUGGACGCCAAGCAGAGGAACACGAGGCGAGGCCCGGACGACAUGGACGUCGGCGCGCUGACCCCGCAGCAUCGGCCGGGCGUCCAGUGCUGGAAGUGCAGCAAGAUGGGUCAUUACGGCAAGGAUUGCAGGAGCGGCGGCAAGAGCCUCGGCAAGAAGGGAGGCAAAGGCGACGGUAAAUCCGGAGGUAAGCCG